AUGACCAAGUUUGUCCCCCUUUUCUGGGCCAUUUAUCCUGACACAAGUAUCAAAAACAUCAGGUAUAUUGAGAGUGGAAGCACAGAAGAUGGCCAGGGAAAUAGUUGUGAUGAAAAUGGGUGCGAUGCGAUGGAAUGCGAAGAAGAGAUUAACCCCUUCCAUCUAAAAACGUUAACUCGUCUUCGACUUUACUGCGAGAAGCAAAAUACAGAGCAGAAGGACACUGAGAUGGAAGCCUUAGAUGCUGAGAUGGAGGAGAUUGCCACCAACGUAAAGAUCAAUAGGAGUAGGAGUUAUAACAACUACACCAAUGAUCAGAAACUGCUUUUUGUCUAUUACAAUAGGAUUAAGUUGUUCAAUGCUGCCAACUCUGCGGGCCAGCUUGAUGAGAAGCAUAAGAUUCACCUUUUAAAUUUUUAUGGCAGUAAUCCUCAAGCCAGGGUUGUGGAUGCAGUUUGUUCACUUACUGAAAAAUUCGAAUCAUUCACACUGAAAGAAUCAAGUGUGAGAAGUUUCCUCAAAACAGAAUGCAACCUUUCAUUCAAAAAAAAAAAAAAUCACUCGUCAUCCAGCUCCCAGAAACGAUUCCACCAAAGUUGCAAACCACAUAGCGUGGGGUUGAGAAGUGGAGCAAAACAGAUAUGGAUUACCUUGAAAACUGUUUUUUUGUUGAUGAAUCAGCCUUCGAUAUCAAUAUGA